CGGCGGGCGGGCCCAGGCUGCAGUCAUGGCGGCGGGGGAUUUUAGGUUUUGGCUCUGGGCUGCCCUGUGUAUCCCUGUGGCUGCAGUUUAUGAAGACCAAGUGGGCAAGUUUGAUUGGAGACAGCAGUAUGUUGGGAAGCUCAAGUUUGCCUCCUUAGAAUUUUCCCCUGGAUCCAAGAAGCUGGUUGUGGCCACAGAGAAGAACGUGAUUGCAGCAUUAAAUUCUCGGACUGGGGAGAUCUUGUGGCGCCAUGUUGACAAGGGCACGGCAGAGGGGGCUGUGGAUUCCAUGCUGCUCCAUGGACAGGAUGCAAUCACUGUGUCCAAUGGAGGCCGAAUCAUGCGUUCCUGGGAGACUAACAUCGGGGGCCUGAACUGGGAGAUCACCCUGGACAGUGGCAGUUUCCAGGCACUUGGACUGGUAGGCCUGCAGGAGUCAGUGAGGUACCUCGCAGUCCUGAAGAAGACCACCCUCGCCCUCCAUCACCUCUCCAGUGGGCACCUGAAGUGGGUGGAACAUCUCCCGGAGAGUGACAGCAUCCAUUACCAGAUGGUGUAUUCUUAUGGCUCUGGGGUGGUGUGGGCCCUCGGAGUUGUGCCCUUCAGCCAUGUGAACAUUGUCAAGUUUAAUGUGGAGGAUGGAGAGAUUGUUCAGCAGGUCAGGGUUUCGACUCCCUGGCUGCAAAGUCUCACUGGAUCCUGUGCUGUUGUGGAUGAGGCUGUCCUGGUAUGCCCUGACCUGGGCUCACAGUCCAUCCAAACCUUGGCCUUGGAGACAGAGUGGGAGUUGCAGCAGAUCUCAUUGCAGUCUCUGGACUUAGAAUUUGCAAGUGGAUUCCAACCCCGGGUCCUGCCCACACAGCCCAGUCCAGCGGAUCCCUCUCGGGCCCAGUUCUUCCUACAGUUGUCCCCAAGCCACUAUGCUCUGCUGCAGUACCGUCACGGGGUCCUGAGUCUGCUAAAAAACUUCCCACAGACUGCCCUGGUGAGCUUUGCCACCACGGGGGACAAGACGGUGGCUGCAGUCAUGACGUGUCGGAAUGAAGCGCAGAAACCUAGCAAUUUGGAAGAUGGGUCAAUGGGGAGCUUUAUGGAGAAGUCCAGUCCACAGGACUCACUGGCUUGCUUCAACCAGACCUACACCAUUAACCUCUACCUAGUGGAGACAGGUCGGCGGCUGCUGGACACCACCAUCACCUUCAGCCUGGAGCAGAGUGGCUCUCGGCCCGAUCGGAUGUACAUCCAGGUAUUCUUGAAGAAGGAUGACUCCGUGGGCUACCGGGCCUUGGUACAGACGGAGGACCAUCUGCUACUUUUCCUGCAGCAGCUGGCAGGGAAGGUGGUGCUGUGGGGCCGUGAGGAGUCACUGGCCGAGGUGGUGUGCCUAGAGAUGGUGGAUCUCCCCUUGACUGGGGCGCAGGCCGAGCUGGAAGGAGAAUUUGGCAAGAAGGCAGAUGGCUUGCUGGGGAUGUUCCUGAAACGCCUCUCAUCCCAGCUCAUCCUGCUGCAAGCGUGGACUUCCCACCUCUGGAAAAUGUUUUAUGAUGCUCGGAAGCCCCGAAGUCAGAUUAAGAAUGAGAUCAACAUUGACACCCUUGCCAGAGAUGAAUUUAACCUCCAGAAGAUGAUGGUGAUGGUGACAGCCUCAGGCAAGCUUUUUGGCAUUGAGAGCAGCUCUGGCACCAUCUUGUGGAAACAAUAUCUCCCCAGUGUCAAGCCAGACUCCUCCUUUAAAUUGAUGGUCCAGAGGACCACUGCCCAUUUCCCCCACCCGCCGCAGUGCACCCUCCUGGUCAAGGACAAGGAGACGGGAUUGAGUUCUCUCUACGUCUUCAAUCCCAUUUUUGGGAAGUGGAGUCAGGUGGCUCCCCCAGUGCUGAAACGCCCCAUCUUGCAGUCUUUGCUUCUCCCCAUCAUGGAUCAAGACUAUGCCAAGGUGCUGCUGUUGCUAGAUGAUGAGUACAAGGUGACGGCAUUCCCAGCCACUCGGAACGUCUUGCGACAGCUGCAUGAGCUCGCCCCUUCCAUCUUCUUCUACUUAGUGGGUGCAGAACAGGGACGGCUGUGUGGCUAUCGACUGCGAAAGGACCUCACCACUGAGCUGAGCUGGGAGCUGACUAUUCCCCCAGAAGUGCAGCGCAUUGUCAAGGUGAAGGGGAAGCGCAGCAGUGAGCAUGUUCAUUCUCAGGGCCGUGUGAUGGGGGACCGCAGCGUGCUCUACAAGAGUCUGAACCCUAACCUGCUAGCCGUGGUGACGGAGAGCACCGAUGUACACCAUGAGCGCACCUUCAUUGGCAUCUUCCUCGUUGAUGGCGUCACCGGGCGCAUCAUCCACUCCUCCGUGCAGAGGAAAGCCAAGGGCCCCGUCCACAUCGUGCACUCAGAGAACUGGGUGGUGUACCAGUACUGGAACACCAAGGCCCGGCGUAACGAGUUCACUGCCCUGGAGCUGUACGAGGGCACCGAGCAGUACAAUGCCACCGCCUUCAGCUCCCUGGACCGACCCCAGCUGCCCCAGGUCCUCCAGCAGUCCUACAUCUUCCCCUCCUCCAUCAGUGCCAUGGAAGCCACCAUCACUGAGCGGGGCAUCACCAGCCGGCACCUGCUUGUUGGGCUACCUUCCGGAGCAAUUCUUUCCCUUCCUAAGGCCUUGCUGGAUCCCCGCCGCCCCGAGAUCCCAACAGAACAAAGCAGAGAGGAGAACCUCAUUCCGUAUUCACCAGAUGUACAGAUACAUGCAGAGCGUUUCAUCAACUAUAACCAGACAGUUUCUCGAAUGCGAGGUAUCUACACAGCUCCGUCAGGCCUGGAGUCCACUUGUUUGGUUGUGGCCUAUGGUUUGGACAUUUACCAAACUCGAGUCUACCCAUCCAAACAGUUCGAUGUCCUGAAGGAUGACUAUGACUAUGUGUUAAUCAGCAGUGUCCUCUUUGGCCUGGUUUUUGCCACCAUGAUCACCAAGAGACUGGCACAGGUGAAACUCCUGAAUCGUGCCUGGCGGUAGAGGCCCAAGACCCACUGCCCAGAGCAGAGAGCUGAGGGGAGUGAGGGUCGGUAAGAAGGUCGAGCUGCAGUUUGCCAGUUUGGUGGGAUGUGUGUUGGGCACUCACCCCAGUUAAGGGAUGUGGGGAAGAUGGACUCUCAGGGAGACUCCUUUGGAAUGUGUCUGACGCAGAGUCGGCAGUGGAUGGAGGCUGAACCACUUUCUGAGCCGAGAAUCUCAAGGCGUCUUGAUGGACUUCCCCUGAAGUCCAAAGUCCAUUGUCGUUUCCUUUUUUUGCUCAUCUAUGAAUGUUGUUUUUCUUAUAAGGCCGCCAGUGGAUUUUUCUCCUUUGUGAGGCCUGUUUAAGUUGAUUUUGGUUUGCCUUCUGUGUUUCCCAGGUUUAUCUAGAAAUCCUUCUGUUUCCUAGCCUUAUGCUUCAAAGUCAGAAGGGAACUCUUAUUGUAAAAUAACACCUUAUAGGUGUAUUUGCUGGCUAACAUUGGGACAAAGGUCCAUGCUUAGCUGAGGUCUGAGCCAUGAUCCAGCCUCUCACGGCUUUUCUCCAAACAAACUUAAGAGUUGAGGACUCUCUGUGGUGUCAACACUUAUUUUAACUAGGCCUUUAAUUUAGAGGCUCUCAUUCAUCCGGUUGGGCCACCAGUCAUUGCUUCAGUUUAUCAAAAGUCAAGUAUGUAAUAACAAUGUCUUGGUUUGCUGGUUAUUGUCCAUGCUUUUCACCUAAGAUGUGUUCUAGCCGAGGCCUUUUUAAUACUACUGAAUUGUCUGAAGCUUGAAGAGGAAUUCAAGGGAGGAGAGAGAGUCUGGCCCUUUCAUUGUACCUCGUAAUCUCUUAGUUCAUCCACAUGCUGGUCUAGUCAUCUUUUAACCUAAUUAAAUAAACUCAUCCUUGUUU